AUGGACAACCAAGAGCCUAUCGACCAGCGCAAAGCGACCAACCUUAGCCUUCUCAUCGUUGGCGCUGGCGUAGCUGGAAUGCUGCUCGCUCUCGAAAGCAAACGCCUCGGGUUUUCCCCCACCAUUUUAGAACGAAGGCCCGAAAUUGAUUCCGCAGGGGACUUUGUAGUCAUCGGACACAGUGCUACUCGGGUCUUUGACCACUGGCCUCGGCUCAAAAAGCGGUACGCGGAGCAAUCAUACGAACCCGAGGUGUAUUAUAAUCGCCAUACUGGCGAGGCCGUCAUCGGGCCAUCUCCACUCAAACCGACGACCGGACGACCUCUCCUGAGGCGCCACUUGAUUUCGAUGCUCGAAGAGGCUAUAAUACGACAGAACAUUCCAGUGAAGUACAACCAGAAGGUGGUCAACUACUUCGAAGACGAUAACUGCGGAGGGGUUGAGCUGUCAACUGGGGAGCGGAUUACAGCAGACAUAGUGGCCGCCUGUGAAGGGGUUCACUCUACGUCGUGGCAGCUCACCACUGGCAAGAAGCCUAAUACGACUAGCAGCGGUUCUGCUGUUUAUCGCACGUCCGUACCUGCGGAUUACAUCUUCAAUUUGGAUCCGGGCCUGAAAAAGCAGUUCGCUGUGCGCGACGGGAACCCUUACAUGAAAUGGUUCAACGGUCCUGGCAUGCACGCACUCGUGGUUUCUGAGGGGAACAUGAUCUGCUGGUCUGUUCAUCAUCCGGAGAACGCGAAUACCUCUACGGAGUCAUGGAGCGCAACGCUCGACAGCGCAACUGUCGCCGAACAAUUGUUGGAAGAGCAUCCGGACUGGUCUCAGGAUCUGAUGUCCCUGAUUAGAAACACUCCUAAUGGGACUGUCAACGACUGGCUUCUUCUGUUCCGUGAUCCCGAACCAACAUGGGUCUCACACAAGGGCCGUGUUGUCCAGGCUGGGGAUAGUGCCCAUCCUUUCCUGCCAACUUCCGCCAAUGGAGCUACGCAAGCAAUGGAGGAUGCGACCACACUGGCUUCUGCCCUGAGGCUGGGUGUCGAUUCUGGUGCUUCCGUCAAAGAGAGUCUAAUCGUUUACAACACGCUCCGAUUCGAAAGGACGUCUUGUGCACAGCUUAUGGGAGCUAUUCACCGCCAAGCCCACCAUGAUACAGACUGGGAUGAAGUGCGCAGAAACCCGGAUAUUUUACUCAACACUGGGCCAGGAGCAUGGAUCGCGAAUCAUGAUCCUGAGGCAUACGUGAUCGAGCAAUUUGAAAAGUGCCUUGAGAGUAUCCGUAACGAGCAGCCUUUCAAGAACACAAACACGCCAUCUGGAUUCACGUACCGACCAUGGACAUGUGCUGGUCUGCAGCGUUAUAAAGAGGGUGACCACUUGUUCUUGGAAGGGGACUGGUUGUAA